AUGGCUGCGUUCGCUCUUGACUCUGACGACGAUUAUGGCUACGAUCUUUCUUUGGAGGACGAAACCUUGCUAAGCCAGCUCAUCACCGACGACCCCAAUCCCGCUUCCACGCACCCCGCCGCCAGCACUGUUGCCUCCGACCUGGGCAUCGACACUGUGGCCGAGGAAGAAUUUCGCCUGAACGAUGUUCCCUCUGAUGCAGUCUCUUUCGAGACGUCUGCUCCGGCAAAGGCGCCCCUGCGGUCAACUCGGAGCCGCCACAGGGCUGCUUUCGGCACCGAUGGGAGGAAGCCCUCUUCGUCAAAUGGCGACCGCGUCGUCAACUACCCGGAUCUGAGCAAGGCAAUGUCUAAAGGCGACUCCGGCACCCGCUCGUCACCCUCGAAAGCGAAAGUAGCUCCCCCGCCCGAACCCUCCGAUGAUACUCUUUCGCCGCUCGUACGGUUCCGUUCUUUUCCAAAAAAGCCACUUUCUGUCACCGAUCUGACUGCUGGCGCGUGGUGCGAGCUGCAAUACUUCUACACCCUGACGAGAUUGCCCUUUGGCCGGAAGACGCGGACGGCGGCGAUGAAGCAGGGGACGAAGGUGCAUCAAGACCUCGAGGAUGAAGUACACACGACAGUCCGAGUCGAGAUCGCGAGCAAGGAAGACGGAUUUGGUCUGCGGAUGUGGAACCUGAUCCAAGGCCUGCGAACCCUGCGCGAUACGGGCAUGACCCGCGAGCUGGAGGUCUGGGGUUUCGUGGACGGCAACCUGGUCAACGGUGUCAUCGACGGCCUGAGCUAUGAGAACCCCGACCCCGAAUUUGAGCUGCAGCUGAGCCAAGAGUCAGGGGACCAGAGCCAGGCCAGUAUCACGGACUACUUCCCUUCAGACAAACAGAAGGUCCCGCAGAUCUACCUGACGGACGUCAAGACGCGAGGGACUAUGAAGGCGCCGAAUAGCCCGGUGAUGCUACGGCCUGCGAAGGUCCAACUCUUCCUUUACCAGCGGUUUCUGUCAGAAAUGGCGGCGGACAAGCUGGACUACUUGCGCAUUUUCCGGCGGUAUAACAUCAAUCCCGACGAGCUCUUCUCAGACUCCUUCAUUGCUCAGAUUGGCAGCUUGCAUGACGAGCUUUUCUUCGAUGUGAACUCGUCCCCAGAUGGAGAGUACGUUCCGCCUUCAUCGAGUACGGAGACAGAUACGACAACAUCAAAUCAACCGCAAGUCUCAGCACCAGAUUUCAUCAAAUACAGAACCCUUCGCGAACUCCUUCCUCUACUUGCUUCCGAGCUGAAACAGACCUUCCCACACGGGGCGGACUCCAUCGGCAGACUCCUCGCAGUCGAAUAUAGAUACCGUGGAGACGGCUCCCUCAUCGACAGCCAGGUAUUCCCUAUGGACGACCGCGCUCUGAACCUGUAUUUGGGUAGCACUAUGGAGUGGUGGCGCGCCGACCGAGAGCCGCGGGGCGUACAAAUCGAGGAGACGUACAAGUGCCGCAUGUGCGAGUUUGCGGGUGAUUGCACGUGGCGGUCAGCCAUGGACGAGGAGAGGUUGCAGGCCUCGAAACAGCGGCUGGCUAGUCGCAGGAAGCGAGAUGCUGCGAGUGGGUGA